GUGUUACGUUAUUCAAUGAGAGAAACACGUGUUAAUUAACACUGAGUAAGAAUGGGCAAAAAAAAGGGAAGAAAAGGGAAAUGUGCCAAAGGCGCUGAACAGUCUGCUGCUAGUCAAGAACCAGAAGAACUUAAAAAUGCCCCUCAUACUUUUGUUAUUUAUAGAGGAAAGUUAGGGAAAUACACUGCUGAAUUACUGAGAGAUUUCAGAAAAGUUAUGGAACCUUUUACUGCUUCUAAUUUAAAAGUUCAAAAACGAAAUGUUAUCAAGGAUUUCGUUUCUGUAGCAGGUUUGCUGCAUGUCACGCAUCUUGUGGUGUUUACCAAAACCGAGAUUUCUAUCAAUUUACGUAUUGCGAGACUUCCGAGAGGUCCCACUUUGACUUUUCGUGUUUUGAAUUAUACUCUUGCCAGAGAUGUGAUCUCUUCUUUGAGAAGACAAGUGACGUACGCUAGCCAGUUUAUGAGUCAUCCGUUAUUAGUAUUGAACAAUUUAAGUGGUGAAGGUAUGCAUUUAAAAUUGAUUGCUUCCAUGUUCCAGAAUAUGUUUCCAUCAAUCAAUAUUAAUAAUGUAAAUCUAAAUGGAAUUAGAAGAUGCGUACUGUUAAAUUACGAUCCCGAAAGUGAUACUUUUGACUUCAGACAUUAUACCAUAAAAGUUAUUCCGUGCGGAGUUAGUAAACCAAUCAAGAAAAUAAUCCAGAAUAAAGUUCCAAAUUUGAGUCAGUUUGAAGAUAUAAGUGAAUUUAUCACGAAAUCUGGAAAUCUGUCGGAAAGCGAAGCCGAACCAGACGGUCCGGAGAAUGAAGUCGUUCUACCCCAGCACAUAUCGAGCAGAGGGAAUAUAAAGUCCGAAAAAAGUGCUAUUAGAUUGAUUGAAUUAGGUCCGAGAAUGACGUUGCAGCUUAUAAAAAUAGAAGAAGGAUUAAUGGAAGGUGAAGUAAUUUAUCACAAAAUCAUUUCGAAGACACCCGAAGAAGUUAAAUUGUUGCAAACAAGGAGAAGAAAGAAAACAUUACUUAAGAAAAAACGAAAGCGGCAGCAAGAAGAAAACGUCAAGAGAAAACAGAUGCAACAGAAAGAUUCUAAAGCCAGAAAAGAGAAAGGGGAAAAGGAAGAGGAGGACAACGAAAGUGAAAAUAACACAGAACAGUUUAUGAAACAAGGAGGAGGAAAACCACAGGGAACGUUUUUAAAGAAACGCAAAAUGCUACAGAAAACAGAGAACAUUCCCCGCAAAAAGAUGCACCUGGAAGGUGAAAUGAAUGUAGAAAAGAAGCAAAUGGUAAAAAAGAAAGAAGGUUUGUCUUUUCAGAAAGUAUUAGAACAGAGGAGAAAGAAAAAGAAGAAACAAUUACUAAAAAAGAAAAAGAAAGUGUUAAAAUAAUGACACCGACAGACAAGUAAGAUAAAAACUUAAUGAAAAAUAUGAGAUUGUAUCAUCUACAUAUUUUUGUAUAUAUUGAAUUUUAUUAAAAUAAUAUGGAAAUUUUUUAUUGAAUAAUUUCUUAAGAUUGUAUUAUUACAGAGAAUAAGACAAUUUUAUUUAUAAAAAAAUAUUGUGACGUGUAUAAAUUAUUAUGGACAGCAACCGUUAAAGAUAGACAUGGUAAUUCAGACAAUGAUUACGAAGGCAACGCGGUUGCAGAACUUUGUCAAAUUAUCAAAAAACGAGAAGAGAACAAAGUGCAUUGAUAACAAUUGAUUGCUUUAUGUUUUGCAGUGACUUACAUUGACAUUUACCAAGUUCUCGAUUCCAUGACAUAUUCAAUUGAAAAGGUAGAUUAAACUGUAAUUUAGAAAAUUCCUCACUUUCCAACAGUAAUUGUUUAAUAAACAAGCGUUUUUGGCCAUAUUUGGU